UCCUACAAAAUAUACCCCCUUUAAGUUAUUAGGUUUUUAACAUUUUCAUCGCUAAGCUGUUUGUAUAACCUGCGCUGGAUUUUUUUUUUGUAUUUAACUUAGUGGAAAUAACACAACAAGCAACUGUGAAGCUGGAAAAGGUUUUUAAAUGUUAAGCUAUUUUUGUCGUGCUUUUAGCUUGAAAAGCUGUCGACGGAAGCUCCAACUUAUGCCGGGGCCGUUAGAGCUUAGCUCAUAGCGAGCUAACGUUACUAAGAAACGUUUUAGCAAAUCUGCUGCAAAGGAUUGGAAGAUGGCGAUAAUUUUCUGAUUAUAUUUUGAGUUUUGAAAGUUUUAUUUGAUUUUCUUUUAUAAGAUAUAACUUACUCAAAAUUACAGCGAUAUAUUUAAGUGGCGCGGAGGUGAACAUAAGAGUGUUUUCCGUUACCGUAGUGAUAAACAAGACUUAGCUAACACUGAGGUCCUCAAGAUAUACACCUCGAAAUGAUUCUGUCACGCGUGAAGCCAGCUGUGGGAGAAGAGACACUGGAGAGCAUCAGUGAUAAAAAGAAGAAAAACAAAACCAAGGUCCCCAGUUUGGAGGAGUACCUUCAGCAGAGAGACUACCUGGGUGCCUUAACGUUGCUGGAGUUUCAGAGAAGCAUUGGAGAAAAACAUGAGAAUACAGACCUGUGGAUUUGCUACUGUGCAUUUCACCUUGGUGAUUACAAGAGAGCCAUGGAGGAGUACAAAUCUCUGACCAAGAAGCCGGAUUGUCCUGCAGAGGUGUGGGUCUAUCUGGGCUGUGCCCUGUUUUUUCUGGGGCUUUAUAAAGAAGCUGAGGAGGCGGCGUCGAAAGCGCCGAUGUCCCCUCUCCAAAACCGGCUGCUGUUUCACCUGGAGCACAAGUUUAAGGACGAAAAGCGACUGAUGGCCUUCCACCAGAACCUGGAGGAUGUAACAGAGGAUCAGCUGAGCCUGGCCUCCAUCCACUACAUGCGCUCUCACUACGAAGAGGCUAUAGACAUCUAUAAACGCCUUCUGCUGCAGAACAGAGAUUACCUGGCUCUGAAAGUUUACGUGGCUCUGUGUUACUACAAGCUGGACUACUAUGAUGUGUCUCAGGAGGUUCUGGCCGUUUACCUGCAGAACAUCCCGGAUUCAACCAUAGCGCUCAACCUCAAAGCCUGCAACCAUUUCAGGCUGUACAACGGCAAAGCAGCAGAGGCUGAGCUGAAGAACCUAAUCGACAUCUCCUCCUGCUCCUUUGAGUUCGCUAAGGAGCUUAUCCGACACAACCUGGUGGUGUUCCGGGAAGGGCAGGGCGCGCUGCAGGUGCUGCCGCCUUUGAUCGAUGUGAUUCCCGAGGCUAGACUCAACCUGGUCAUCUACUAUCUGAGACAAGACGACGUCCAGGAGGCUUACAGCCUCAUCCAAGAUCUGGAUCCCGUUACCCCUCAGGAGUAUAUUUUAAAAGGAGUUGUGAAUGCUGCACUUGGACAAGAAAUCGGAUCAAAGGAUCACCUAAAAAUCGCCCAGCGGUUUUUUCAGUUGGUCGGCGGCUCAGCUAGCGAGUGCGAUACUAUCCCUGGCAGACAGUGCAUGGCCUCCUGCUUUUUUCUCCUGAGACAGUUUGAGGAUGUUCUCAUAUAUCUCAACUCUAUCAAGAGUUACUUCUACAACGAUACAUUCAACUUCAACUAUGCUCAAGCUAAAGCGGCGCUGGGAAACUACAAAGAAGCAGAGGAGCUUUUUCUGCUCAUUCAGAAUGAAAAGAUCAAGGAGGACUAUGUUUAUCUCAGCUGGCUGGCUCGAUGUUACAUAAUGAACCAGAAGGGCCAGCUUGCCUGGGAGCUUUAUCUGAAAAUGGGCACUUCCUCUGAUUCCUUCAGUAUGCUGCAGAUGAUUGCCAACGACUGCUACAAGAUGGGCCAGUUUUUCUAUUCUGCCAAAGCAUUUGAUGCCCUGGAGAAGCUGGACCCAAGCUCCAAUUACUGGGAGGGCAAAAGAGGGGCAUGUGUCGGCGUCUUUCAGCUCAUACUGGCAAACAAGGAGCCCAAGGAGUUACUCAAGGAGGUUUUACUCCUCCUGGAGAAUUCAGCAAACCUUCAGGUUGAAUACAUUAUCAGGAUCCUGAGAAAGUGGGCCAAAGACAACAGAGUCCUCCUCUAAUGACACUGAGGGAAGGCUAAGUGUGUCACAUGAAUGGAUCUAGAAGGAAAAAUGGUUCACUGUCUGCUACAUUGUAGUGAUUAAAUACAUGCAUACUUUGAUUAUUUUUUCCCCUUAAUGUAAUAUCAUUUAUGAGAUAUGACUUGCUGAAAUAAUCUUUCUGAUCUGUAAUAUUUUUUAUGAAUGUCUGUUAUUUUUUUUCUUGCUCAAACCUAAUUUUCAGGAAAACAUGGAUACUCAAAUCUCUGAAACAGAGGAGGGAGGAAGAUCUUCCUCACACUGGCGAUAGAGUGUGUUAACACACGUUUUGUUGAUAUCGUUUGUUUAAUGAAUACAACAAAAUUAUUUUUGUUGCUUAAAGUACUCUAUUUUCCAUAUGUAAAUAAACAAUAGGAUUAGAGUUUAAUAUGUGCACAUUUGUUAAUAAAAAACGGAACA